CCUCCCGGCAUUCACAUCGGAUCUGUCAUGCCGUUGCAGAUUUGUUGGGUAAAUCAUCAAGCGGGCGCUUCAGCGUUGUCGGAAUCGGAUGUUUUCUUGAUGGUGGCGCGCAAUCGUGAUCACAGCAUUCCGGCAUUUGAUCUUCGGGGCCGUCAUCUUCUUGAG